GCUGCAGCAGGAGAGAGUAGGAGACUGCUGGCAGAAAGGGGAAGAAGUUGUUCUAAGGGAUUUUCCUGUUCAUCACUGUUGCCACAUUCACUGCACAGCACUAAACUCUCCUCUGACCAAAACGUUGUCUUCUGGACUAUUCUGGACUAUUACUGGAAAGUGGAAGCAUGGAGAGUUUGUUCACACUUCUGUUGGAGACAGUAAAUUUCUCCUUUUAAUUUUCAAUGUUAUUUGCAGAUUAGAAACUCCAAUACUACACAGUAUUAUCUUUGCUAAUGAGAGAGAGAAAAUGGAUGCAUUCAGAGCACCUGAAAAUGAGUCCCUUUUGUCCAGUUCCUCUGGUGCUGCCAGAUGGGAUCCCUUCCGUCGUCCAUUGGACUCCAUCCAGCCCUGGCACUUCAGGCUUCUGGCAGCAGUAAUGCUGGUGGUGACCUCCCUGUCGCUUGCUGAGAACCUGGCUGUGAUCCUGGUAACUGUUAAGUUCAAGCAGUUGAGACAACCUGUCAAUUAUGUUAUAGUCAAUUUGUCCGUGGCUGAUUUUCUGGUCUCACUGACUGGUGGCAUCAUCAGCUUUUUAACAAACCUAAAAGGUUAUUUUUAUAUGGGAUACUGGGCGUGUGUCCUGGAAGGAUUUGCUGUCACAUUUUUUGGCAUUGUUGCUCUCUGGUCUCUUGCUCUGUUGGCUUUUGAGCGGUACAUUGUGAUCUGCCGCCCAUUGGGAAAUAUGCACUUGAGUGGGAAGCAUGCAGCCCUGGGUAUUGCCUUUGUGUGGACCUUUUCCUUCAUUUGGACCAUUCCACCAACAAUGGGUUGGAGCAGUUACACCACCAGCAAGAUUGGAACUACUUGUGAGCCUAACUGGUACUCAGGAGCUUAUACUGACCGCACAUACAUUAUUGCAUUCUUCACCACCUGUUUUAUAGUGCCUUUAUCUGUGAUUUUGGUAUCCUAUGGAAAACUGAUGCAGAAGCUAAGAAAGGUGUCAGAUACACAAAGCAGGCUGGGAACUACCAGAAAACCUGAAAGACAAGUGACUAGAAUGGUUGUUGUUAUGAUCGUUGCCUUUCUAAUCUGCUGGAUGCCAUACGCCGCCUUUUCUAUCCUAGUCACUGCAUAUCCCUCCAUUGAGCUGGAUCCUUGUCUGGCAGCAAUUCCAGCUUUUUUUUCCAAAACAGCUACUGUUUAUAAUCCAGUUAUUUAUGUCUUUAUGAACAAACAGUUCAGGAAGUGUCUGAUUCAAAUGUUCAGCUGCUGUGCCGUAGAAAUUGCAGAGUCCAACAUGAGCCCGACUUCAGAGAGAGCGAUGCUAACCCAAGACAAAAGAGGCAGUGAGAUGUCCACCAUGGCAGUACGUAGCAGCGUUUCGAAGAGGAAAAAUGGAGAUGAACACAAUUGCUGAUCUUCUGCUUAGUUGGCAGCUUCAUAAAACAAAAUCUGUCCCAUGUAGGGUGGGAGAUAAGAUCAUUAACGCAGUGCCAAAGCAUAUUUCCUUGUUACCGUCACUUAAUACAAAAAUGUUGUCAGUAGGGACACUAAGCUCCUGUGAAUACCGGCUUUUGAGAUUCCAGGCUCCUGAAUGAUACAAGAUUUUCUUGGCUCUGCAGUUGCAUCCAGACACCUGGCCAUAAGGUGAGUCCCUUCCUCCGCUGUGUUGUUCUUCCCAAUCCACAGCCUGCUUGCUCCUGAAAAUAACAUCAGGGGAUCCCAGUGUUGCUGUGCUGGCACGUAGCACAGUAAGGAUAGGAGAGUUUUAUGCUGAUGAUAGCUCCUUGGUCAGCUGGACAAAACCAUGAACUGACACAGGGCUUCAGUAAGCUAACGGACAAAUAAAUAAUAUCUAGCACUCAGGUGACUCAAUUUCAGGCAAUGGAGGUUCUGAGAGGAAUGGGUCUCAGUGCUUCUCUGGUUGGUUUGGGAACUUUUACUAAAACAAACAACAAACAAACCAGAAAAAGCCCGAAGCUCUGCACUUGUUUCUGUUCUUGGGGAAAAUCUCAAUGGGCCACUGAGACCUGCACCAGCUUGGACAAGCCAUCCAGACUCCCAAGCCCUAUUUUAAUAAUACGAACCCUAUCAAGGGCUGUUCAUAUCCUCUCUCUGCAUUCCCUCUUUGUCAAGAAAAUAUUCUGUGCUUGUGGCAACUUUUGAAGUAAAUUAAUUUGGACUGGAUGAUUGUUUUAGGUGCCUUCCAACUGAACUAUUCUAUUAACUGAACUUUAGAACAGGAGUUAGCAGCAUAUAGGACAGUGUAACUGUGCCGGAAUGCUGGAGGAAGGGCCAGUAGCACAGCUUAGAGUUGUGAAGCUGAGCUUUGUGGGACCGAAGAUUUCCCCUGUAUGUGCCUGCAUUGUGCAGAGUUGAGAUCUGUCGUGUUCUUGAGACCAUGAAGCUCCAGGUGACAGCUAUCAUUUCUGUUUCUUAGCACUUAGAAUUGUCAGAAAUCAGUGCUUGGAGAAUACAAAUGCUAUGUACAAAUCAUGCUGGAGCAUGCUGAUGUAUGCAUUUCCAUUUGCACAUUUUGACUUUUCUCUCUUCUGAUCUAGGACAUGCCUCUCCAGAAAGCACAAGCAACAUCCUAGCCUAGUAGGCAAGCUGCAGCAGCCAAUAGCACCACGCUGCUGUGCUCCUUUGAGGGGCAGUUGUGUCCCUGUCUCUGCAGUCCUUACUUUCCUGUUUCUGCCUAAGUCACAUCCUCCCUACUUUUAACUGAGCAGAUCCCUACUGAUCCUGGCAGAAAUCAUUAACUUUUUAUUAUACUUUUGAUAUCAGAAGCAAGGAGUGCAACAACACAUUUUCUGUAAAUAGUGAAAAAGAACAGAACUUGCCAGCUUUCCAUGACCGUACUCCAUCUUGGAUAUUUAAUUCACACAAUGACAUGCAGCAAGAUACUUAGCUUUAGCAGAAUAUUAUGCACACGCAAAACCAAACAACUAGCCCAUGAGUGUAAUACAGCCAGACUUCUGCUUUAAAUAGCCCUUGGUGAACAGCAUACGAAAUGUUUCUAAGACCUGGCAUAUCAGAUUUUGAGUCCUAUAUAAGAUCUACGCCUUAUUUAAUGCAUUUUAGAAGAAACUGCAAUGGCAGGCUAUAUUUAAAUGCUUUAGUAUGGAAAUCCAUUAUUUCUGGAUAAGGCAUUAAUACAGUGUGACAUUGAAACAAAUGUUGCUCCACAGUGUUAUGGAGAAACUACACUAGCUGCAUACAGUACAGGCCUUAGCAAUAGCAAUGUGAUAUGGAAUGAAUCAUUCAGUGUUCAGCUUUAUUUCAGAAAACUACAAUUUCUUUACACAGAAUAAAGACAUUAUGUUUCUACCAGA